CUAUACGACGAGUCAGGGAGGUAUUGUUUGAAAGUGAAACGAAAAUGUUGGACGUAAAAAUAAAUCGAAAAUUGUUGCCGAUUAAGUCGCAUUAUUUCCUUUUUAAUGCCGGAACUGCUCCCUUAAUGCCAUAUAUUCCAACAUAUGCUAAACAACUUGGGAUUCCUUCUUCUGGCGUCGGAAUAAUGUAUGCUAUCUUUCCUUUUGUGGGACUGAUAGCGAAACCAUCUUUCGGGGCUUUGGCUGACAAAUUUAAAAAAGGGAAAUUAAUAUUUAUUUUAUCCAUUAUUUUUACUGCCAUCUUCUUUGGCUGUAUUGCUUUCAUACCUGCACAGACCACUGAUGCUUUCAUGGAUUUAGAGUGUAACAGUGGGGAAACUCGUUUGAAAACGUGUAAUGUUACUGAUGGCUGUGCCUUAGAUAAAAUCGAAAUGGAGUUUCAGGGCAAAGAAAUUAUGGAGUGUAAGCUAGUGUGUUAUGACCCCAACUAUUCAUUUCUGGAACAAAUUUGCAAUGCUGGGAACAUAAGUGAAAGUUGUUUUUCAAAUCAAACUCAUAUAGAGAUGACAACAUAUUCUAAUAUUAGUGAUAGUACUUUUGAACAAACUUGUCUUUAUUUCCCUGUCAAACAUAUUUAUUUCAAUGGAACUGACAUAGAAAACCCACAAUGUAAUGGAGCAUCAGGUAUCAAGUGUUCUGUUGAUUGCAACAGUUCAACAGUCAUGGAUUACAUUCAGAAUGCUAUCAUUGAGCAGAUAGCUGAACCGUAUUAUAAAACCAUUCAAUUCCAACUGCUUUUUUUUCUAAUGGCUGGUGCAUGGGCAGCACAAGCUGUUGUUGUCUGUCUUUCUGAUGCAAUUUGCUUCAAUCUUCUGGGAGACAAGCCUCACAACUAUGGAGCGCAAAGGUUGUGGGGAGCUGUCGGAUGGGGACUUAUGGCGAUUAUCGCUGGGUACUUGAUUGAUCUCGCAAGUGCUGGGCAGCUUCAAAAAGAUUAUACACCCAGCUUCUAUUUGGUUGUCAUUAUUCUUGCCAUAAAUGCCGUGUCCGUUAUCAAAAUUAAGGUUGACUACCACCAAGAGCCUUAUCAAAUCAAAAAAAUUCUUAUUCUCUUCAAAAAUGUCAGAGUUGUGCUUUUCCUGUUUAGUUGCAUCACUUUUGGUAUAUGUAUCGGAAUAGUAUGGCAAUUUCAGUUAUGGUUUUUAGAGGACUUGGCAUCUGCUCAAGGUUGUGAUUCGUUGCAGUGGAUCAAGUUACUACAAGGGUUAGCCAUGGGUGUCCAGUGCUUUCUCGGGGAGGCUCCCUUUCUCUUUUUAUCAGGAAGAAUUUUGAAAAAAUUUGGUCACGUUCAUACAAUGACGAUGAUCUUAGUAGUCAUGGGCAUUCGACUUUUAGCCUACUCGUAUCUGGUCAAUCCCUGGUACACGUUGCCUAUUGAUUUACUAAAUGGAUUAACGUUAGGUGUAUAUUGGUCCACGAUGGCAUCAUAUGCGAAUUUGAUCGCGCCACCUGAAGCUACCAGUACACUUCAGGGGAUAUUUGGUGCGCUAUUUGAAGGAAUAGGUACUUCGAUUGGCAGCCUGUUUGGUGGGUUCAUCUAUGAAAGUUAUGGAGGCGCUAUUAUGUUCCGUUCAUUUGGAAUCUAUGCCUUAGUCUACGGAGCCAUUUACUCAUUAAGUCAUUUUGCCAUGGACUUCAACAAAAGGAAAUCUUUGGACACUAAAAAUUCGAUGGAUGACAAAGAGCAUGAGAUUUCAGUUAAAGAUUUUUCAAACGGCGGAAGAGUUUUAUCGAAUUACGGAUCGUUAGUUACUGGAAAUACUCAUUCUAAUUGAACGUGUUGUCCAGCUUUCGUAUCUAAAAGCUAAUCGUUUUACUAUUUUGAAAUGACGCGAUCUUUACAAACUCCUUUAUAUUUUGAUAGAAUCUCAUAAACAAGUCAACUACCAAAGUUCUUCUGUAGACCACCUUUACAAAAAUUAAGAAAUUUUAGUUUAGUCCUUAGACUGCAAUAAAUGUAGUAUAUACUCUUUUGACAUUUGAUUAUAUACUGACAUUUGAAACAUUUCAAUACAAAUAAUAAAGAAGA